CCAUCAUAGGGGUCCCCCAUUCAACGCCCCAUCCCCACUCCGUCGCAAAGUGCCGCGAUACAGCGACGCAAUAACUUGCCACCACUCGUGUCUGUGCAGGUACCAGUUACAACAUCAGCCUCAAUGUACUGCUGCCUGGCUACGACGACUGCUCAUGCGCCCGGUAAGAAAAGGGUCUGCCACGCAAACAUCAUCUCCAGCACGUUAGAAACAAUCAACAGCACAGCUGCCAUGCCCAUAUCCAAAGCAUGCGGUCAAGUUACGGUUGGUCUCAACGCGCAUGCCACAAUAUCCAUAGAUGCGAAGAUACGAUACUGCGGCGGCAGGAAACGAACACACAGACACACCCCCCUUGCGCGCGCCAUGUCUCAGGUUUACGAUGGAGGCAAUCUGAACCCUGACCUUACGCAGCUUGCACCUUCCUUCUGCGCCUUCUGGAAAACACCCAGACAUAAGCAGGACGGCAUGGCACAGACGCUCGCGCAUACAUACGAGCUCAACAGCAUGCAUGCCUUCGCAGUUGCGGCCAUGUGGCUCUUUCGGCCUGCGGCUGUUGCGUCAACAGCGACCGGAGAUGUCUAAUAUUAAUCUAUUCUUUCCUCUUACCUGCAGCCGCGUUAUACGGGCAUUAUAUCCUGGUUUCGGCAGAAGCUGUAGCUGUAGCAAACCGUUGAUGCUGAUGAUGCGAGGCCCCCUAAAGGGACUGAUGUUGUCAUUCUUUCUAUGCGAAGGCGCGUGCGCCCACCCAUUAUUGACAGCGGGAGGGCAGUGCUUCAUGCGCUUCCCUGUGCCAAGCAUCACGUACCGUCUGUCUCAACCACUCCAUCGCUCGAGGCGAGCGACGAUGAAUGCCUAACAGUAACGAGCUCCACCUGCGAAACCGGACAG